UCCUCAUUUAAUCGAUAGUGAAGUGUUGGUUUCCUUACUUUAAUUUUAAUUUCUUUAAGAUGGACACAAUCACUCGUAAAGUAAUUGUUUUAGGGGACCAAGGUGUGGGAAAAACCAGUACUAUCACUCGUUAUGUUAAAAAGUCUUUCCCUAAUAACACAAGACCAACUAUAGGAGGUUCUUUAUUCGUUUACAAACAUGUAGAUAACAUCACCAUCAAAUUAGAGAUAUGGGAUACUGCCGGUCAAGAACGCUAUAAAUCCGUGGUUCCCAAAUUUUACCGGGGAACAAACGCCGCCAUAAUCGUUUUUGACGUCACGUCACAGCAGACUUUUGAAAGCGUACAAGAAUGGGUUGCUGAAUUAAAAACAAUUGUUGAAAGUCCGAUGGUUUUAUGUGUGGUAGGAAACAAAAUUGAUUUAAGAGAAAAUAGGCAAGUCUCUACAGAUGACGCCUAUCAAUAUGCCAGAAGUAUAGGCGCUUCGUACUACGAAUGUUCAGCAAAGCAAGAUCAGGGGGUUGAGGUUAUUUUUGAUGAUGUAGCUCGUGCGUUGCAAAGACUGUAUGGGAACAACUGUACAAGAAACGAGGAAACUGAAAAUUUAAGUAUAAGGGGCACAGCACAUGGCAGUGCGGUUAAUCCGAACUUUUGUGGUUUCCCGAUUUAAACAUUAAAUUUCGCGCCAAGAAAAGCAGCAACGACCGAUGCUCAACCGCAUUAAAGAAUAAAAUCAUUUCGGCACUGUAGUCGACCAGAAAGUAGGACGAUGCUGCUGCAAAUCCGUCUUUGACGGCAUCGAUUGUGAAUACUUAAUUAUUCUUAAUAAAAUCCUAUCUAAUUUUACAAUAACAA